AUGGACAUUCAUUUUGAAAUAAAACCUACAUCAGUGGUGAAACUCAUUGAUCCUUUCGUGGACCUAGGACAUCUUGUUAUUGUAGAUCGCGACAACAUCGAAGGUGAUGCCAGUGACAACCUAUUAAUUCGAGCUCGGAAUAAUGCUCAGUAUCUCUUCAAUAAAAUAUGGGAAUUGAAUAGGAAGCAUACAGAUGAAGCAGUAAUGGCCGAGCUUCCGAAGUCGACCUUUAUUCUGCCGAGAGAAAAAAAGAUUCCUGAUAAGAAAGAGCCUACCAAGUGGGAGAAGUAUGCUGCACAGAAAGGUAUUACUAAGAAGAAAAAGUUUAGGAAGGUAUUUGAUGAGGCAUCUAAGGAAUGGAAGCCGACAUAUGGUUAUAGGAGAGCGAAUGAUGACACUAAAGAUUGGUUGAUUGAAAUACCUGAUGGUGCAGAUCCCAAUAAGGAUUACUUUGCUGAACGUGUUGAAAAGAAAAAAGAACGCAUUGCGAAGAAUGAAACACAACGUUUGAAGAACAUCGCACGUCAGCUGGGUACGAAUAUGAGGAAAGGACCAUCAGUUGAUCCUACCAUCGGUGUGGGGAUUUCUCCAGAAGAGAAGUCAAAACAGCAGCAAAUCUUUUAUGUGCGAUUCGCGGUGGAUCGUGCCAAAGCUGCGACAGCUUCUGCAGGGAAAUUCCAACGCCUUGCUAGGGGAGAGAAGGAGAAUGUUAAAAUCGGAAAGAAGCGAAAGUUUAUGCCAAAUGAAGCGGGAGGAGAAAAGCAGCAUAUAUUAGAAAUAUGGGAGAGGAUAAAGAACAAGAAGGCAAAGAUCAUCGAGGAAAAAGUGGCUGCUGUUGCUGGACCUGUGAAAAAGGAGAGGAAACAAAGGAAAGGAAAUAAGCCGAUUCGGCAGAAAAGUCAAAUACACCGUCAGAAGUGGUUCAAAAAGAAGACAUCGGAAAAUAAAAAGAAACGUGGGAAUGCAAAGAAGAGCAAGUAA